AAUGUACUCGGAAGCCUUCGACUCUGGCUAACCAAAAUCGGAGUUACUCGGCUAUCUCCGAACCUAAGACUGAGGCGCUGAGGCGCUUGGGUGUUUGGGGGCCCGAUCCGGGACCGGAAGUGCGUGGGCUGCCGGACUGGCGCUGCUUAGGGUUUUCAGGAAACAUGGAAGCGGCGGCGACAGUUGGAGUUUAAGCACUUUGUGACGGUCUCCAGGUGCCCUGUGAGAGGAAAGGGGAGGAUGCCAGUGGAAUCAUCUUCCUCUUCGAUGCCACUACCCUUCCCUACUCCUUUACCCUCGGUACCAGACAGUGUUACUAACUCUUCCCCUCCUCCAAUGUCUUACAUCACUUCCCAAGAGAUGAAGUGUAUUCUUCACUGGUUUGCCAGUUGGUCAGGUCCCCAGCGUGAACGUUUCCUACAGGACCUGGUAGCUAAGGCAGUGCCGGGAAAAUUACAGCCACUGCUGGAAGGCCUGGAGCAGCUUAGUGUGUCUGGAACAAACCGACCACCUUGUAUCUUUGAAUGUCAACUACGUCUUUGGGAUCAGUGGUUUCGAGGUUGGGCUGAGCAGGAGCGCAAUGAAUUUGUCAGGCAGCUGGAGGUCAGUGAGCCAGACUUUGUGGCAAAAUUUUACCAAGCAGUGGCUGCUACAGCUGGUAAAGACUGAUGGGCAUUAAAAUCAAAGAAGAUAAUCAUCUCUGAUGGAGCCACAACUUUACAGUGGAACUUCAAAUGUGUCACUUAAUGGUCUAGGGAUGGUGUCUUGAUGAGCUGACUGAACAUGUUGACUAGGACAGGCUUGGCUAUUUCAGUGUUAAUAGCCUGUCAACUGGAUUCCCAGCAGAAAUGUUUUCAAUCUAAGUAAAUCCAGAUCAGUGGGCCUCCUAGCUUGCAUCUUUCUGCAUGUCAAACCCUCAAGAAUUCAAUGGCUUCUUUUGGGAGUAUAACCAAAAGGAACCUAUACAUUAUAACCCAAGCCUAUUGCUGGCCCAUGAGGCUAUAAAGUAGGUCUUCUUGCUCCAGAAACAGGAGAGAAGGACCAUAAAAGGUCAUGUUUUUAUAUAAAGGGAUUCAGGUGGCUGAUUUUUACCACUCUUACCAGGUUCUGGCAUAAUUAUGUGACAUCCCAACUGUUAGUCUUCCUAGUGAUGAUUUUGUAAGAUUAUGGGAAAGCCAGGAGAGGGAGAUAAUUACUCCUUCCAUGCUAAUGUUUGUUUGAAUCCAAAUAGCCAUGGCUUUUUCUAAAGCAUAUGUGUUAUCCUUGGAGCUGGUAACAGAUACCUGUCCUUUAAGUUUGCUCUUCAAUAUGAAAACAAGUGACAAUUUUUACAGGUUGAAGUGUUUAUUUUUUGUAUCGAAAUAAAGAAUCUUCAGAACCAUAA